CCAUACGAAACCAAUCAAGGGAUCCGUCAACGGUGACCCGUUAAAGAUACUGCGCACUGCUCGCCUCUGAAAAGCGUCUCCUUCCAAGAACGCGAGGCAGAGGGAGACCGAGAGAGGGGCGGAAUGGCGGUGGGGAAAUCGGAUGUGGAGAUCUUUAAGCCCCGCAACGACAAGCGGGAGUACCGGAGGAUCGUCCUCCCCAAUUCUCUGGAGGUCCUCCUCAUCAGCGAUCCCGACACCGAUAAGGCUGCUGCUUCCAUGGAUGUUUCCGUUGGUUAUUUCUGCGAUCCCGAUGGACUCGAAGGCCUGGCUCACUUUCUUGAGCAUAUGCUGUUUUAUGCUAGUGAGAAAUAUCCCAUGGAAGAUAGUUACUCAAAGUACAUUACGGAGCUUCAAAAACAUCUAUGUUCAAAGGAUCAUCCAUAUCAUAAAUUCAGUACAGGAAAUUGGGAGACAUUGGAGGUUAAACCAAAAUCCAAAGGCUUAGACACAAGGCUUGAGCUAAUUAAAUUUUACGAAGAGAAUUAUUCGGCAAACCUUAUGCACCUUGUUGUAUAUGCAAGAGAGAGUCUCAAUGAUAUUCAAAAACUGGUUGAAAGGGAGUUCUGUGAUAUUCGAAACACUGAACGGGACUACUUCCAUUUUCUUGGUCAGCCUUGCUCGUUAGAACAUCUUCAGAUUCUUGUUAAAGCAGUCCCAAUAAGGGAAGGUCACGCAUUGAAAUUUACAUGGCCAAUCACUCCUAGCAUACGCUAUUACAAAGAAGGUCCUUGCCGGUACCUUAGUCACCUUAUCGGGCAUGAAGGCGAGGGUUCUCUCUUUUACAUUUUGAAGCAGUUAGGAUGGGCUAUAAGUCUGGAAGCUGGGGAAGGGGAUUGGAGUCUUGAGUUUUCCUUUUUCUAUGUGUCUAUUGAGCUCACUGAUGCAGGUCAUGAGCAUAUAGAAGAUAUUGUUGGAUUAUUGUUCAAAUAUAUUCUCCUCUUACAGAAUUCUGGAAUCAUGAAAUGGAUUUUUGAUGAGCUUGUGGCAAUUUGUGAGACGGGGUUCCAUUAUCGAGACAAAAUCCCUCCUAUUCACUAUGUCGUUAAUAUUGCUUCAAACAUGCAGAUAUUUCCACCAGAAGAUUGGCUAGUUGCAUCAUCAUUGCCAUCGAAAUUUGUUCCAAGUACAAUUCAGAAGGUUUUGGAUGAGCUGAGCUCAAAAAAUGUCAGAAUAUUCUGGGAGUCUAAAAAAUUUGAAGGAUGUACGGACUCAGUUGAACCAUGGUAUGGAACCCCAUAUUCUAUUGAAAAAGUCACUGCCUCCACAAUCCAGCAAUGGAUAGAAAAUGCUCCUGAUAAGAAUCUACAUCUUCCAAAGCCUAAUAUAUUCAUUCCAACUGAUUUGUCACUUAAACAUAUCCAGGAGAAGGUUAAAUUUCCAUGUCUCUUAAGAAAAUCGUCAUUUUCAAGAUUGUGGUACAAACCUGAUACUAUGUUCUUCACUCCUAAAGCUUACAUCAGAAUAGAUUUCAACUGCCCCCAGUCAAAUUACUCACCUGAAGCAGAGACUCUCACUGAUAUCUUCACAAGGUUAUUAAUGGAUUAUUUGAAUGAAUUUGGUUCAUCAAGAUGAUAUUAAGUUAAAUGUUAAACUUCAGCUAUUUGCUCUGAUUGCGAAGCAACCAGCUUUCCAUCAGCUUCGGUCUGUUGAGCAACUUGGUUACAUAACUGCGCUUUUGCGAAGGAAUGAUUCUGGAGUGUGGGGUUUGCAGUUCAUCAUCCAAUCCACAGCACAGGAUCCAGCAAAGCUUGAUACAAGAGUAGAUGCUUUUCUUCAGAUGUUUGAAAGUAAACUUCAUGAAAUGACAGAUGAAGAAUAUAAGGGCAAUGUGAAUGCACUAAUUGGUGUGAAACUAGAGAAACACAAAAACCUCAGGGAGGAAUCUGCAUUCUAUUUGAGAGAAAUUUCUGAUGGAACUCUGACGUUUGACAGGAGAGAAUUGGAGGUUGCAGCACUGAGAGAUCUCAAGAAAGAGGAACUGGUGGAUUUCUUCAAUAACUAUGUCAAAGUUGAUGUACCACAUAAAAAGACUCUCAGCGUGCAUGUCUAUGGCUGCCUUCAUUCUGCCGAGUACAAACAAGCGAUCCAAGAAGCAGAUCCACCCAAAGUAUGUCAAAUUAAUAAUAUCUUCAGCUUCAGAAGGUCAAGGCCUCUAUAUGGUUCUUUCAAAGGGGGCCUUGGCCAGAUGAAGCUAUGAACUCCUCGACGUACAGCAUUUCUUCAUUUCUUUUCACUCUGUGAUUGUCUUACAUUGCUUUAAAUUGUUAUAAAAUGAAUAUUAUGACAUUUGAGCUGUUCUUUGAAUUCCUUUGAAGGAACCUGAGCAUAGCAUUUGAACUUGUCGACUAUUAUCUAAUAUAAUUAUCUGGAAAUUGUUGCAAUCCCGUUAUGAUA